ACGAUUCUUCUAAGUUUCGAAACAUAGAUUUUUCUCUUCCUCUUCUUCAAUGAUUCAAAGAUUUCAUCAGAAUGAUCGCCGGAGCUUGACUUUUCCGGCGGUUCAUCCAUGCGAAGCCGUCUCAACGGAGACUCUUCUAAACUCACUGGUCUCUCUAUCCCGAACCAUCUGCGAUUUCCACUCCAAGUUCUUCGCGUCACAGCGACGAAACGCCCGAGAAGCCAUUCGUCAGGUUGGAGUGCUCCUUAUCUUUUUUGAGGAGGUUCUGGACCGAGGCUCGAUCCUCUCAAACUCAUCGCUUCUAUGCUUGUCCGAGCUUCACCUCACCUUCCAGAAGAUUCAGUUCCUGUUGGAAGAUUCCUUCCGUGAAGGGUCCAGGCUAUGGAUUCUCACCAAGUGCAAGUUUGUCGCUUCUCAGUUCAGAAUUCUCUUUCAGGCUGUGGCGACGGUUCUGGACGUUCUUCCUCUGGAUUCGAUCGACGUCGGGGGUGAAGUGAAGGAAUUAGUGGAUUUGGUGGCGAAGCAAGCGAGGAGAGCGAGGUUUGAGCUAGCCUUUGACGACGAACGAGGAGUGGACGUAGUGUUUGGGAUAAUGUCUCAGUUCGAGAAAGGAACUGAGCCUGAUUUGGAAACGAUUAAGCGAGUAUUGGACUUUCUUGGAAUCAGAAGCUGGUCUGAUUGUAACAAGGAGAUUAGAUUCUUGGAAGAAGAACUUGGAUUCGAGUUUCCGGAUUGCAAAGAGAGAGACGUUGCGCACUUGAGCGGUUUGGUUGGAUUGAUGUGUUACAGCAGAGGAGUAAUUUUCGAAGAAUUAGAUCACCAUCAUCAUCGAAACGCCUCCGCCGAAGAGGACCAAUUAGAUUCAAGGAUCAAUUUGGAUGCGCCUACUUUUUUGAAUCCGGAUGAUUUUCGAUGCCCGAUUUCGCUAGAGCUAAUGACAGACCCGGUUACUGUCUCAACUGGUCAGACCUAUGAUCGUUCAUCAAUUCUAAAAUGGCUCAAAGCUGGAAAUUUAACCUGUCCCAAAACUGGGGAGAGGCUUAAAAAUCCUGAAUUGGUGCCUAAUUCGGCUUUGAAAAAACUUAUACAACAAUUUUGCUCCGAAAAUGGAAUUACGCUCGCUCAAUUGGAAAAAAAAAGCCGAGACAUGACGGGCACAACGGUCCCCUCUAGUCGAGUUGCGGCGGAGGCCAUGAAAUUUCUGUCGAAAUUUCUAGUCCGGUUGCUGGUUUUCGGCAAUGGGAGGCAGAAAAUAAAGGCUGCUUACGAGAUUCGCUUGCUGGCAAAAUCGAACAUCUACAACAGGUCAUGUUUGAUCGAUGCCGGCGCAAUUUCUCCUCUGUUGAAUCUUUUGUCAUCUUCAACCGAAGCUUGUCCCCAAGAGAACGCCAUUUCAGCGUUGUUGAAGCUGUCUAAGCACUCUAAAGGCCGCGUAUUGAUCGUAGAAUAUGGGGGUUUACAUGAAAUUCUCAAUGUUCUUAAGCAUGGUUUGAGCUCGGAAGCAAAGCAAAUAGCUGCGGCUAUAAUAUUUUACCUUUCUUCAGUAAAGGAUUACCGAAAACUAAUAGGAGAAAUACCAGAGGCAAUCCCAGCUCUGGUGGAGCUUAUUAAGGGAGGAACAACUUGUGGGAAGAAGAACGCCGUGGUCGCCAUUUUCGGGCUUAUUUUCUUUCCAAAUAACCAGAAAAGGGUUAUUGAAAAUGGAACUGUUCCAUUACUAAUUGACAUUUUAACUCACUCGGACAAAACUGAUCUCAUAACCGAUACACUAGCAGUUCUAUCAACUUUAGCUGAUAACGUGGAAGGAGCCAAUUCGAUUCUUCAGGCCUCUGCUAUGCCUCUAAUCAAGAACACCCUUCAUUCUACCUCUUCACGUGCCGCGAAGGAGUACUGCGUUUCCACCUUGCUUUCGCUGUGCAACAAUGGCGGAGAUGAGGUUGUUUCAGUCUUGGUGAAGGACCAUUCACUCAUGGAGCUACUUUACUCCAUUUUAGGAGAUGGAACCCCUCUUGCCGGAAAGAAAGCGCGUGCACUCAUCAGAAUUCUUCAUAAAUAUCGCGAAACAAGCCCCGUCUUGAGUUCGGCAGUUCCCCACGAACAAUUUGUUCGAGCAAGAUGAGAUUUAACAAAAAUUCUCAUAUCUUCUGUAUUUAUUUGCAGCCUUAUUUUUUCAGGGUGUGGAUUCUUUUUCCAUUAUUUUUAGUACUAGCUUAGGAUUUGAAUAGUUAUUCUUAUUUUGGACAUUAGCUCGAGUUUUUUCAAGAGCUAACCAUUGUCAUCAGUGUGUAGUACUGGUGGGGUUUAGAUUCUUUUUGUAAUUAUAAAUAAUAUGGUAUAGGUUAGGGAUCAAUAAAUUGUACUUUGGAACUUAAUAUUAUGAAAGACCAAAGAAUUUCAAGGUUGA